AACUUGAACAACCUGAUCAAAGCAUUUGACUGUUUGCAUGUGUGGAUAUUAUUGAACCAUGAUAAGCACUACGUGCAUGGACGAAGAAGAAGACACAUCUCCCUUAUUGGAGAUGACCUCCUUGUGGGAGGCAGAGGACGAAAGCGAAGAAUUGGAGGAAGAACGGCAAGUACAAUCUUUCUCGAGUCAGUGGGAACGGAUGCAGCACUGGUGGAGAGAGCUUCGGAAACCCAUUCUCUUGCUCGUGGUCAACAUCGUGGCUGUCGUUGGGACGUAUGUCAUUUAUCGUCACGCAGACGUCCUCUUCUACGACCGCUAUUUCCCCUACAACGCCAAAAUGGGAGUUCCAUACUUCUACGAAAUGCAAGAAGAACCCUACCGGUACAACUACGAAGAACACGGUACAAAGAUGAAACUUCUAUAUUCCAUUGGACCCAUUAUCAUGUUACUCACGUUUCUUCUCAAUGCCCGAGUCUCUCUCAAGGCUGCCCGUUCCUUGGACGUAGAAGAACAAGAAACAAACACACAUUCCGUUCUUUCCAUGGCUCAAUCCGUGGAUGCCCUAUUCGGGUGUGUCUCGCCCAAACAAACAUGUUCGAUCUUUCUCGUUGGACUCUUGUAUGCUAUUUUUGCCUUGGCUCUAUGGGGGGGCACCGUGUGUUGCCUCGUUCUAUUCUAUGUCAAUGUCCUACACGGGAAUUGGGCACACAUGAGCAACGCAGCCAGUUGCGCCCAGCUACCGUAUUGCUUCCUUUGGCCAUUCUUCCGCGACAUGUUAAAUCUUAUUUCUUCGAGUAGUCAGUACUGGGACCACCCAGUGGCGCUGUCACAGCUGCAAAAUCUUACCGGUUUUGACAGCCUAGUAGUACCCGCAGAGGUUCAGACUUGGAUUCGGUCGGACUGCAAAGAGUACCCGUCCCCCAACGGCACAUUGGUGUCCAGGAACAGUUUGCUACCGUACAUCGAGACCGAGGAUGGCUUGGUAGCAUUCCCAUUUGCAAGAAAAUAUGAUCAGGGCUACAUCUUCACGGAAAUGGGGGUAGUGAUCGUCUCAUCGUCGUCACACAAAAACAAAUCUGCCGUAACACGCGAAGUUCCCAUGGACAUGACAUACCUUCCCCGUCGCCACGGUUUCUACGGGGCGGAGUCCUCGGUGGGGCUCAUUGGCGUCCCCGUCAUUCCGCCGCAUAAGGGCUGGUGUGCUAUCAAUACAAAGGAUAAUCCAACCAUUGCACACCACCAAGUCCUGUGCUACAACAGCAAUAAUAAUACCAUUGUCCAAUUUCCGGGCUCGAGUUUGGAGGAAGAAAAGUAUCCCUGUGGCUAUAACAUGCACGCACCAAAGGUGUACACCACACAAGACACGCUCUGGGUAGCACGCCACAAACAGGUUUCCGUCUGUUCUCGCCGUUCCAAUGGCUUCACAGGAGAACCAAUUCAAUUCGAACAACACACACUGUCACUGGAAACCUACAACAUCACCACACGCCAAAGGAAGUCGCUUCUGGAAACUGCUUUUAAUCAAACAACAAACUCGGGGUACGAGGAGGCAUCGGGUUACCCAUUGAAAGUGGCGCACAUUUGUCGCCCACCCUUCAAGAUAUUCCUGUGGUCCUCCAUCUUUGUCCUUGCAUUCCUUUCCAUCUACUUGUACCGUCAAAAUGUCCCCUCCGCACUGGUUCCCGCCAGUAUUGCUCUCUUUUUUUGCAUGAGUGCCGCGCUGCCGCGCAUGUGGCCAGUCGUUGUGGAUCUUUCCAUUGUCGGUCUUUUCACAUUCUUCCUAGUAGCCACCAGAGGCGGCUAUUGGGAAAUCAAGCUGCUGCAAGCCAAUCUUUGGAAGUUGGUGUCCAAGGAGAUGCUACUCUUUUCGCAGUACACGAUCAUUCUUUGUCAUUUUGUUGGAUUCAUGAUCGAAGCGGGAAAUGCAGUAUCAUACGGAAAUGAUCCUCUCACCUGGCAGGCUCAGCAGAAGCUUGCGUCCACAUUGAUUUGCGUCGCCUCCUUGCUCCUUGCUGUGGUCGUGGUCAAUACAAUGUUCCUGAACCAUCCCGGGUUCGAAAUGAUGGGAAUUGCACUGGGAACUGUCAGCCUGGUGGCAAUUCCUGUGAUUCUGAUUUAUCGCUUUUCACUGCUCCUAAUGCCCGCAUCCAUUCUGAUCUUUGGGCUGUCUUUGGGCUGUGCCAGUGUGGGUCAUCUGGCCCGAUGCUGCCGAUUGCAUGUCACUGUCUACUGUCGCCGUGCUUGGCGCCAUUUUCGCAAACAAUCACGCCGAACCACCUAAUCCGGCGCUGUACUUCGGAGAUGGCUAGCCAAUGCUAGCUAGUGGGUGCAUGAUGCAUAGAUCUAUUAAUGAGCCUCCUGUUCGUCGAAUAGAUGCUCCUCUAAUACAUGAGUUUUAAAUUUAUUUUAUUAUGGUCUUA